AUGGCAAUGCCAUCUGCAGCUGUCAACGCGGCGUCCGUGACGACGAUCCCCAACAACAUGUGGCAGUCGCCGCGUCUCAUCGAAGCAGGUGCGCUCGUCAUCCUCUUUGAGACGCACCAGUCGGUCACGUACUGCUACGCGCAGCGCGACGCGAUCUACCAGAACCGCCACGGCGCGUUCUACCACAACGAUAUGAUUGGCCAACCGUUUGGCUCGAAGAUCACCUCGCGCGUCAAAAAGGGACCGACGUGGGGGUAUCUGAUUCUCUUGGCCCCCACGCCAGAGCUCUGGAGUCGGGCGCUGCGCCACCGGACGCAGAUUGUCUUUACACUGGACGCCAGUGCCAUUGCGUUUGCUGCCGCUCUGCGCUCGGGGGCGCGCGUGGUUGAGUCCGGGACCGGCAGCGGUGCGCUCACGACGAGCUUUGCACGGACCGUGGCACCUCAUGGCCACGUCUUUACCUUUGAAUUCAAUGCACAUCGGGCGGAGAUUGCACGGCAGGAGUUUCGACGCAAUGGACUCGAGAGCGUCAUCACUGUCGAGUGCCGCGACGCGUGCGCUCAGGGAUUCCCACUUGAGCUGGCAAACUCUAUUGAUAUGGUGUUUCUGGACUUGCCGUGUCCCUGGAUCGCAGUGGGCCACGCGACAAAGAUGUUGAAACAAGGGGGAUUCUUUGCGUCCUACUCGCCGUGCAUUGAGCAAGUGCAGAAGACGUGUGAUGCACUACGCAGUGCAAAUUUUGAGUUGAUACGGACAAUUGAGACACGGUUGGUGCCGUACAAUUCGCGACGGAUCGACCUGCCCGUGCCAGACUUCGGGUUUGGAAAGAAAGUGAAGGCGGUGAACGGAGAUGCUGCGGCGGAAGGGCUGAAACGAGAGGUGGAUGAAGAUGACGGUCAAGUGGAAAAAGGAACGAAAGGGCAGACAAAGGUCGCCGACCGCAAACGCAAGUAUGUGCCCGGAGGUGUUGGAGAACACAUUGUGGCCAAGAAGGACGACGAGAUCCGUGGGCAUACAGCGUACCUCACGUUUGCUACCAAGUUCUUCGAGUGA